AUGGACCCCGCGCCUCAGGUGCCUCCAGUGGGCAGUAGCGACGUGCAGGUGGAGGUGGUGACGUCGGAGGGUCAUCCCGUCGCCACCCGCACUGUCCGCGUGGAGGACCUUCUACAGCAGCACGAUCACACCCUCGACGUGGGCGACGGCAUCGCACUUCGUCUAGAGGAGCUGAACGCACAGCAGGACUACAGCGACGACGAGGACAACGAGGAUGCUGACACGUCGUUGUCGUCGUCCCGAAGCAGCAACAAUGGUGAUGGUAGCGAUGCGGAGGAGCUGGGCGAAGGCAAACCGGAGAAGAGACGGACCGCGAGCAGCGGCGGACGCAUCGGAGCCCCGCCGGGCACACGUGCGACAAAUGACUGGUACGACGUGCUGGACGCGCUACGGAGGGAGCAGCAGGACGUGGAGCGCACGGCGGCGGAGGUGGAGGCGAGUCGUCGCACCCCGCAGGAAGGAGAGGGCCGGCUCGUGAAGCGCCAUCCAAACAGCCUGCAAAGCACCUCGACACCGCUGAAGCGCUUUGCGAGUGCGACCAGCAUGGAGACAAAGUCGAUUGCCGGGGACCGCGCUUCCUCUGCCGCGCUCCCGCCGGGUGCGUCCCGGCAUGAUGUUUGGGCUUCCCUCGCCCCGCCGAAGGACACGGUGUCGCACAACUAUAACGUGCUGCGGUACGUCUCCUACAUGAGCGCGUUGGACUAUCGCCGCUUCCGCCCCACCGCCCUGGCCUUCCACGCCGCCGCCUCGUACCUCAGUCGCAAGGAUCGCGGGCAGCGCCUUCUCGUGUACGGCGGCCUCUCCUUUGGGGCACGCAAGGUAGAGCACGAGCUCUACGAGUUCUCCGUCCUCACCGGGAACUGGCGCCGCAUAGAGGGCCGGCAGCUCGUCCCAGCGGGUCACUACGGCCACACCUUGACUGUCGUGGAGCCGCUGGAUCGCGUUGUCGUCGUGGGUGGCAUCGGCCCGGGUGGGGUGGCGGCGUCAAAGGAGGUGACGAAGGCGUGGACGGGAGAUCCGAUGCGGGCACCGCGCUACAACUUUCUUUGCCCCUUGCUUCGGCGUGGCAGUGGGCUUGUCGGCGGGGUGGCCGCUGCGACUCGUGGACCGGCGGCCCACCCCGCCUCGACGCACGGUGCCGUCACACCCACCGUCGGCUUCGUCUCGCUAUUGUUCGACAUGAACCUGAGCGACCUUGCAUGGCGUGCCAUUCAGCCCGCGCAGCCCUUCCCCCUCGCCUACCACACGGCGGUGCACUUUGAAAAGGAGAUUUUCGUCUUCGGUGGGUUGACGGAGGAGCUGCGCGUGUCGGGGCAACUGCUCGCCAUCAACCCCGACACCUACGCGGUGCGGCUCAUCACGACGGCGAGUGCGGCAGGGCUCGCCCGAUCACGACGCGACCGCAGCGGAUCAACAAGGAGCAGGACAGAAGGCAGCGAGACGGCCGCCACCACCGCCACUACCACCACCGCGGAGGAGGAGCUGGCAGGACCCGGCCCGCGCUUCUUGCACACCGCCGUCCGUUACGGCCCGUACAUGAUCGUCUAUGGCGGUUACAACGCGCACAACGAGGCACAGGGCGAUUGCUGGGCCUUCGAUAUGGUGAAUGAGCGGUGGGAGCGACUGCGGUGCCGUGGUGAGGCCGCCGCGCGGGCCGGACAUGAGUGCUGUGUGGUGGGCUGCCGAAUGAUGGUGGUGGGCGGCUUUGAGUGCUCGCUGGAGGAGGCAGGCACCAAUGCCGCGGCGCCGGCGACGACGGUGAUGCAGUUAAACCUCGUGCCGACGUCGCAGGGCGAACACCUGUGGCGGAGUGCGGUGAAGCUGCGUCCUGCGCUGCCGCCGCUCGCGUUUACCCGCUGCGCCCCGUGCGGUGAAGAUCACUCGCUGAUCUUGUUUGGUGGUGCGACACAGCUGCCCCGACGUGGCCGCUCAAAGUCCGGCGGGAGGCGUACUGAGUCAGCGAAGCGGCGUGCGCGAGAGGGGCAUAGCGCCGACGAUAGCGCAGAGGAGGAAGACGAUGCACCGCAGGAGGAUGGGCUUGACGGCACGCAGGCAAAGCACACCGCUGCCGGCACCGAUAGAGAUGCAAGGCACAAAGGGCUGCUGGGCCGACUUGUCCCCUUCGAUGACGGGUUGGUCUUCACCUUUCCUAUCCGACAGCAGCGCAAGAAACACACGGAGGACGAGCCGGUGGUGAACGCCUUGGGUGUGGCGGUGGACCCGAAUGAGCUGCCGGAGCACUUCAAAACGUUUGUGCGACGGCAAGAGGACUUUGUCAAGAAGAAGGACGCGGCCGCUGCGGACACGAUGCGUAAAGUCACAGUGGAGGAACAGGAGAGCAUGGAGCCGACGCUGUAUUUGACCGCCGAUGAAAUCGAACUCCUUCUACAGAAGAGCGAGGACUGCUGCGUCGCGUUCGCACAGCGCUACCCGAUGGAAUCGCUGCCCAGCAACGUGCCGGACCGUGAGGAGCGAUUGCACUUGAUGGAGGAGUGCAUCUCGGAGAGUCGGCAGGUGCGGGAUGUGCUGAAGUCCAUGAAGGGCUCCGCACCGGGCGUCACCGCUGUCAAGUCCAAGACCCAUCGCAAACGGACAGGACGAAAAUUCGAGGACUACUCCGCCGCUAAGCCCUUCAGACGUGUCGUGGUGAUGCACCUGAUUGAAAGCAUCAACACGCACCUGGCACGGAUGCAUCGCCUGAACAAGGCACUGCGCACGGUGGAUUGGGAAGAGAAGGCGGGCUUUCUUGAAGCCGUGGAUGACAUGCAGAACACCGUGCACGCCGUCUCGCGCGCCAUCAACGGUGUCAUGCGCAAGUACAUUCAGCACCGCGUGGACUCGCUCGUGAAGGGCGUUGAUAAGCACAAGGAGGUCAUGCGGCUGCUGACGCAAGUGGUGGAAAAAAACCGACACGACAAGAUCUGGGGUGUGGAGGAGUCGCGCGACGAGCAGCGGCACGAGACCCACCGUGCACAGGCGGCGAACACACGAACGGCGUCGUCGGCCGUGCCGGCAGCGUCGAAGGGGCGUCCGAAGAGUCAAAAACGGAGCGCCUCAAGCACAGCGGCCACACGCCCACGCGGCUCUCGCAGUCGUUCGCUAGGUGGCGGCUACCACGCAGAUGAAUCAAAAGCCGUUGUGUACCUCAUGGACAAGGAGUGGUCGAAGUUGCUGGCCCGCACGCAGGCUGUGGAGAAGUGUGCCACCCGACUGCAGCGGUACUGCCGAGACGGCAUAUCUACCACAGCAACUGCAGGCACGAUAACAGCAAUGACUACAACAACGGCCGGUGUCCCAUUGAUGAUGCCGAGCAAUGGCACUCUUUCCCUCCAACCACCACAAACCGGAGCAGCUCCUCCCGCAGCGUCGCCCCAGCCGCUCCUCCCGCCACCGCAGUUGACCGUGCCGCAGGUACAUCCUGCACAAACCGGUCUGCCAGUCCCUACGCCUCUUGCGCCGUAUGGGGCACCCGCCCUCGCCGUCCUGCCGCCCACAGCGGCCAUCGUACCAACAGCGGCAGCGGCAGAAGUGGGCACGGCGCGACCGCGGGAUAUUAUGAUUCAGCACUCGAACGAGCUGCGCGCCAAGAUCGCCACAGCGGCAGAGGAGGUUGGUAGUGCAGCCGCCAUCUUCUACACCACGCUCAUGCAGCAGGAUGCGGACAAAGAGAGAGCAGCAGAGCCGCGCUCCGGCUCUUCCUCGACUUCCGUCUCGCAACAUGCCGGCCAGCCGACGAGCGAACACGCACUGCAGUCUCUCCAGGUCAUCUCCAGUGGAAAGCUUCCUCCGCCGCAGCUGCCGCCACCACCCCCAGCGACGGCGGCGGCGACACUACGGCGGAGCAACGCAGCGAGGGCCUCCCCCGGCAGCUCACGCAGCUCCUCUUCCUCCACAGCCACCUCGCGAUCGUCAGCUUCGUCGUCGUCACCUCUCGCUGCAGCAGCAGCGGCACCGACGCAGAAUGCCGUAGAGCCACAGAUGCCCGCUCCCCCUGAUUUGGGGCUUCCGCUGCUGCCACCGCCUCCUGCCACCGCUGGCAUCAGCUUGCCCGAUCAAACAGGUGUUCCUCAACCAAGUGGGAGGGCUUUUUCGUCUCAUGAAAUCGAGAAGGAAGUGCCACACUCGGAGAAGAAACCGAAGGCUGAAGCAGCUGCCACCGCCGCUGCCUCUGUUCCUGCAGCUCCUGCGGGGCACGCGCUGCGCCUCAGCUCGCUGCGACCGCUGUUGGCGGCCAAGGACGCGCUCCUGGCCUGUAAAGAUAAAGUCUCGCGUAUCCGCAAGAAUGAGUGGGACGGCAACGACCUCGCCGGGGCACCGCAGGACGUGGAGAUGGAGGAGCUGUACCGCCGCCUCGAAAAGUGCCUCACGGCGGUGGCGCAGAGUGUGACGGCGAGCUUCUUGUCCAAGGCCGGCGCGCGUCCGCCGCGGUCGCAUCCAGCCUCCACAUCCGUCGUGGCUCCGCCCCCGCGUGCUAAAUCGCAGGGUGCAAAGAGGUCGUCGCGGAGCGCGUCUGCUCCCCCUGCCAAACCGGGUCUUCGAGGCUCCCCUGCCCCUCCUCCGCAGCUGGCGCAGUCUCUCGCCUCGUCCACCAAGAAAGACGCACAGCGCGGUGGUGGUGGGGAUUUUGGAUUUUCGACAUCCGCAAGAAGCACCAUGCGUGGGUCACAGCUUCGUGCGGAGAGUAGCGGUGUGCCUGACGCGGGCGAGCCGCUGCGGUUGAAGCCGCUUCCUCAAAAAGCGGAUGAUGGUGAUUGGUGGGCGACUGUCCCUCUGGGGGAGAGCGGCAGUGGCGCGACGAAAGGUGCGGCAGCCGCCGUGCCUCUUGUGCCCGCCGACGCGUUGGUGCGCGACGUGCGUCUUGACGGCGCCUCUUCGCCUAACGUAGCAGCGGAAGAACGAUUUAGUAUUCAGACUGUCUUCCAAAACGUACGUACUGUGCCGAAUACCGACGCGGCGUUCGCGCCCGCAACACGCGCCGUGCAUCUUGACGGAUUUAGCGAGGACCCAUGGAGUCUGGCACCCGCCGGACGUCCGCCGCACUCCGCCGCCAGUGGCCCGUUUGCCGCUACCGUCUCGCCGAAACAACAACCUGCGGCGGUGUCGUUGAGUGUGGUGCCAAAAGUGGUCAUGCCGUCGCUGUCAACGGACGCGAAUAGGAACGACCAAAACAGUGGUGGAGGCAACCGGUUGUAUGAGCGAAACGGUGGCAUAGUUGUCUCGCCUAAACAGAAACAGCAGCAGCGCCGCCGCUCCACCAUAGAAGAACUGACCCAGCUGCCUCACUCGGCUUUUCCUGUUGGUGCCGGUGGCAGUGAUGGGGUCGGCAACGGUCUGGAUUCAGGCAUGGGCGUUGUCGCGCGUGAGCCGAUGACGAGCAUCUCCGGUGGCAACUUUGCGGUCAACACGGAAUACCUCCAUCGCGUUGCUCCGCAGACCAUUCCUGCUGCCCUCUUAAAUAGCGACGCAUCCGACGCACGUGUCAACGCCUUAGACCCCUACAACAGCGGUGUGAGUGUGGGAGCGCGGCAUGACUGGGCAGAUGUGGAUGACGACUACUUCUACUUUGGCCGGCCGGCGGAAAAUCGGGUUGCCCCAGGCGACGCCGUCGUCAGUGGACCGCCGUACAUCACCGUUGCACCGGCGUUGGGCAGCGGGCGCGUGGGAGUGUCGCCGCCGGUGGGGAGUGUGCUGGGUUCGCAGCGGGUGAACGCGGAGCUCGCCACGGCGCCGCAGCCCUCAGCAUCGCGUCGCGGUGGGGAGAGCUACCGCUCUACCACGGCGUCGCAGGCACGGAAAGCGCAGACGGCGCGGCCGGUGCGGAAGGACGGGCCAAACUCGAAGCGCUUCUACACGCCCGGGGAGCUGCAGCUCAUGCAAGCGCGAGAGCGGCUGCGCUCGAAGCCGCAGCAACGCGAGCGGUGA